AUGGAGGAUUCAGGAGUGAUUCUAUGUCAAAUCUCUGUUUACAAGGACAUGCUUGAUCAGGUGACGCGAGAGAUCGAAUCAGAGAUCGUUAAAUGUUCUGAGCUUGAAUCGAAUCUGUCCGUCAAGGAAGCUGAGCUUACGAGAUCGUUCCUCGCUUCUCAGUUCGAAAUCAGCGGCUUGAUCUCCGUAACAGCCGAUUCGAGAAACUCUCUGAAGCUAUUGGAGGAUGAGAUUUGUCGUCUGAGAAGUGAACACUGUCAGCUACUCAGAAGGAUAACGGAGAAACGGGAAGGGUUUGUGAAGAUGUGCUUUGAGUUCCAGAGGGACAUUUUUGUUGAUGGAGAUAAUGAGUUAAGGAGUUUGUUGUCGGAGAGGGAGUUUCUGGAGAAUGAGGUUCGAAUGUUAAAGGAGAAGAACGCAACUGUGAAGAACUCGAUUUUGGCUUACAUGGAGGAUGAAAUGUGGAAUCAGAUGUCUGAUUAG